AUGGCGACUGCUUUUGUACCCCUCCUCAUCUUCCUCUUCUGCAUGCUUAUGGAAGUAUACGUGGACACUUCAGAGACCUUGGACUGGACAUUCAACACCACCGGAGUUUCCGACGCGACGGACUAUAUGUGCAUGGUGGAAUGGGAUAACCCUCGGAACAGGAACAACGGGUUCGGGCCAGUAGACGGGUAUUUCUGUCCAUUUCCUAAGAAAAAUUGUGGGAGUAAUUGUCGGUGGAGAAUACAAGCGAAUGCGAGGUAUGCAGUUUAUGACGAGUCUUCAAAGCAAUGGAUUGGUGAUCUUUAUUGGGAUAAUCUGGCAGCAGCUGCUCAAUUCUGCGAAUCAUGA